GUCGGCCGUGUGGCCCUCUGGGCGCUCGCAUCUCAGUCUCGCAGUUCCUCCGUCCGCACCGUCUACUUACCCUCGAGUCUCAAGUUCUCAACAGUCAAAAUUUUUCAAGGCUCUCAUCUCUUGGAUCUCCGUUCUCGCAAGUUGCAAGUCUCGCAGGCUGUUCUUUGGAGGGUUGAUCGGCUAAUAUUAGUGUUCUUAUUAUUUGAUGGAAGAAACCAUGAAGCUCCCUUUGCCCAAUGAAUUUGUUGAUUUUAUCAAGGAGAAUGGGUUGGAUCCUUCAAUAUAUAGUAAGGCUGAUUCAACCCCUCGUUAUAUAAGGUUGAAACCCAGUAGCAAAGCUGAUCUCCAGGAGCUUGAAGUUGAGUUCAGAUGUAAGCUUGAGAAACUGAGCUGGUUACCUGAUUUUUAUUCUCUUCCACCUCAGAUCCAGAUUGCUAAGUCAAAUGCAUACCAGGAAGGACUGAUAUAUGGAAUUGAUGCUGCUUCUGGAGCUGCUGUUUCAGCUUUGGGCAUCUCUGCAGGAGAUCAUGUCCUUGAUCUCUGCGCUGCUCCUGGAGCUAAACUUUGUAUGAUGCUGGACCUUCUUGGUAAUUCGGGUUCAGUGACUGGUGUUGAUGUUGCAAGGCACCGUUUAGCAGCUUGUAGAACAAUGAUUCAGAAAUAUGCACUGGGUGACCGGUGUCGGCUCUUUGUUGCUGAUGGAACAACAUUUUCCCUCAUUCCUGUGGGGGUUCAUUCAGAUUCUAAAUCAUGCGAGUAUGCAUUGGCAGAAAAGGUGGAUGUAUUCAAGGAGUGGACCUCUAGGAGAUCAUGGAAAGAAAGAAAAAAUGCGUCUAAAUCACGUAAAAGUAUGGCCUCACAGUUAUCUCAGGGGAUUAAAGUUCCGGAACUUAUCUUUUAUGGGCUCCAUUCCGGGGUGGUUGGAAUCAGUAAAAGUGAGUUAUAUCAAUGUAGGAGUGACAGGGAUUUCUUGUGCUCUGGCUAUGACAAGGUCCUUGUGGAUGCAGAAUGCACUCAUGAUGGGUCAAUUAGACAUAUUCAAAAGUUUGAGCACUGGGGCUGGAAAACGCUUGACCGUCGUGUAUUGAAUGCACAGAGAACUGAUUGUGUGACUGUUCUUCAGUUACGACUACUGACUAAUGGAUUUAGAUUACUAAAAGUUGGAGGGUCACUUGUCUACAGCACAUGCAGUUUAACAGUUGCUCAGAACGAAGAUGUGGUAGAGCGGUUUCUUAUGGAAAAUGCUUCUGCUGAUUUGCAGGAGAUAGAUGCUGCCGAAAAUUGGCCUUGCAGGAGUGGACUAAUACCAAAGACCCUGCGCUUUGAUCCUUUGACAUCUCAAACUAGUGGACUUUUUGUUGCCAAGUUUACAAAAUUGGCCAUCUAGUCAAGCCAAAAUAAUAAAAGUCAAGGUGCAGCUUCGGUCACUUAGAUCUUUUUUACACUGGCUUAAAAAGUCAUUAGCCCUGUGCCUUUGCUAAAAAAAAUAUUGCUGCCCCCCCGCACUGGGUUCUCAGCACCAUUAAAUAUAUAAAUAAAUAGGGAAGGAAAGGAACUUUGUUGUGUAUUCUUUUAGUAAAGUUAUUUGUCCUUGUGCAGGAAAAGUUUGUUUUAUUUUCCGUGUUGUUACAAAGGCAUGGGAUUUGAGUUUUGACUUUUUAAUCCAAGAAUCAUAUGCUUUUCUGACACUCAAAUCUGAUGAAUCGCGGUAGGUUAUUAGUUGAGGUGAUGCUCCCUAUUUUUUUGGGGUUUUUCUGAGUGUAACUAAUUUGCAAGGCGGCUCCGAGUCAUUCCUGAAGACCAUAGAGAAGACAAAAUGCAGGCUGGAAAGAUUCUGGGGGUGAUGGAACCCAAUGCUAAAAUUUUUCCUGGCCGACUGAUUUGCACUCCAGUCUGCUGCGAAAAAAAUGCCCUGCAUACCAUAACUCUGGCUUUAUGCUCAUCAUGCUUGUUCUAUGGUUAUAUGGAAGUGCUCCCACACUGUUUGCCACUUAUACCCGAAUGUUUUUGAGUUAUUUUCACUUAUCUUUCAACUCUUAAAACUUGAUCAGAGGCUCUGUUUGCCUGUGCCAAGUAUAGGAUUGGCUUAUUUCAAGAAAGUGGUGGCUCAACUUCCAAGAGCCUUUCUUCAGAUGAACGAUCUGUUACAUACUUUUAAUCACUUAAAAUCAAGUCUCACUCUUCGAUGACAAGAUGGGAAGGGGAAUCAGUCAUGGAAACACAUUGACGGGACUGAGUAAAGCGAUAAACCCUGUCUAUCGUGUAUUCUUCUAAUUUGAUGGUGACAGAGAUCUCCGCACAUGCAUAAGCUGCACAGCCCAGGGGAUGGGAGUGUAAGAUACUCGUUGGAUUGUUCAUGAUGUAAAUUUUGCAAAACAAGCAUUUACUUUUUGUCAGUUGGCAUGUUACAAAAAUGUUCUGAAAACUAGUAUUGUUCAUGAAAUUUCAAUACUAGCAUUUACUUUUGUCAGUUGGCAUAUGACAAAAAAAAGGUUUAUAAAGAAGUACAACUUAGUGGUGCA